AUGAAGUCAUACUAUUUGUACAUUGGGUCGACUAACCCAAUUUCUGUUUUACACAAUGUAGAUGAGAAGGAAUAUGACCGUCACAGUCAUGAUUUACACAAUGUUGAUGAGAAGGAAUAUGUCCGUCACAGUCAUGAUUUACACAAUGUGGAUGAAAAGGAAUAUGUCCGUCACAGUCAUGAUUUACACAAUGUAGAUGAGAAGGAAUAUGUCCGUCACAGUCAUGAUUUACACAAUGUAGAUGAGAAGGAAUAUGUCCGUCACAGUCAUGAUUUACACAAUGUAGAUGAAAAGGAAUAUGUCCGUCACAGUCAUGAUUUACACAAUGUAGAUGAGAAGGAAUAUGUCCGUCACAGUCAUGAUUUACACAAUGUAGAUGAGAAGGAAUAUGUCCGUCACAGUCAUGAUUUACACAAUGUAGAUGAGAAGGAAUAUGACCGUCACAGUCAUGAUUUACACAAUGUAGAUGAGAAGGAAUAUGACCGUCACAGUCAUGAUUUACACAAUGUAGAUGAGAAGGAAUAUGUCCGUCACAGUCAUGAUUUACACAAUGUAGAUGAGAAGGAAUAUGACCGUCACAGUCAUGAUUUACACAAUGUAGAUGAGAAGGAAUAUGUCCGUCACAGUCAUGAUUUACACAAUGUAGAUGAGAAGGAAUAUGACCGUCACAGUCAUGAUUUACACAAUGUAGAUGAGAAGGAAUAUGACCGUCACAGUCAUGAUUUACACAAUGUAGAUGAGAAGGAAUAUGACCGUCACAGUCAUGAUUUACACAAUGUAGAUGAGAAGGAAUAUGUCCGUCACAGUCAUGAUUUACACAAUGUAGAUGAGAAGGAAUAUGACCGUCACAGUCAUGAUUUACACAAUGUAGAUGAGAAGGAAUAUGAAAGUGAAUGA